UGACUGAUGUCAUCGCCGUGAUCAUCAUUCACGUUCAUCGUUAUUUUCCUGUAUUCUGAAGUGAUGUUUAUAUAAAAUCGAGUUUAUUUCUAUACAAAAAUCUUGUAUAAUUGUGUAUAAGGCUUUUCGGUCAUUGGUAGCUUUACAUUGCUUUACGUCUCAAGGAUAUUGCGGUGAGACGAUGUGAACAAUAAUAAAUAAAGGAAACUAGUUCGGGAAUAGUGAAAACAGUGUGUAGUACCAUGUCAGGUACAGAGCAGAAUAUAGUGAACUCAAUGCAGCAAUUAUCUGUGCAACCAAACAUAAGUGGUCCUACUGAGAAACCUACGCAAGUUGUGACGCCUGCAGUGAACAGGAGUCAGCAGCCAUCCACAGCAAAGGUAACCCCUGUGAAGGCUAACACUGUGUCCCCAGCAAUAGCCACAAUAGACCGGCUAUUGAGCCUGGGAGCCAACAUCCCACCUCCCCCACCAGUGAUCACGCGGCAGUCAGACAUGGACCCCCACACCAUGGAACAGUUGCGAGCUGUCAAAGAGCUACUCACAGCUCAGGAGGAAGAGGCACAGAACCUUAGAGACAUCAACCAUGAGUUACGAGAAAGAUUGGAAGAGUGUGAAACGAAAAUCAAAAAGUUGUCUGAACAAAAUGAAGAAUAUGCAGAAAAGGAAAAAGCUCUCUCUCAGCGGGUUGCUGAAAAAGUAAGAAACAAUAAACAAAUGAGUGUUGUCAUGGAGGAAUAUGAACGCACCAUAUCUUCCCUUAUUGGGGAACGAGAAGCAGAGGGUAAAAGAUGGACUGAUGAGAGAUCUACCCUUGUUAGAGAACGUGAUGAAGCUGCUGCCCAUCUAGCUUCUAUGGAACAUGCCUUCAAUGAUGUGCACACCAAAUAUGAGAGGUGUAAGGUCAUCAUCCAGGGAUACAAGAGCAACGAAGAAAUGUUGAAGAGAACAGUUGAGGAAAACAGUGAUGCUAUUCAGAAACUAGAAGCAAGAUAUGAGACCCUGCGGCAGCAUGCUAUGCAGCAGCUGAACAAGGCUAAUGCAGAACUUGAUUCUGUAAAGAAAGCACAUCAAGCAGAGAUUCUUAAAUUAAAUGCUAUGCUUAAGAAGAGUGAAGUGCAUGCUUCGUCCCUGCAAGAGUCUUUGGCGCAGAAGAUUAAAGAUAAUGAGGAACUCACAGCUAUCUGUGAUGAAUUGAUUAAUAAGGUUGGUUAAUGUAUUCUAAUCAUGAUACUUAUACUCAUUCAACUUUCAUUUACAUAACUAACAUGCAUUUUGUAUUUAUAUGCAGUUGACUAUAAUAAUAUAUUAGUGUAAUAAGUAAUAUUAUUACACAUUGUGAACUUACUUAAUGAAGCUAGUACUGUUACCAAUAUCGGAAAUUAAUUAUUAUUUUUUUAUAUAACAGUAUGUGUAUAAUAAUUUUAAAUGUACUGUGCAAUCAUUUAAUUUUGUCUGUUUUUUUUUUGUACAUUUUUUAACAUAACUUUAAGUCUUAAGAUUUUAAUUCCUUGUGACAUUGAACAGUGAAUUUUCUUUUUAAAAUUUUUAUGGUGCCUGACUUUAUUUUUGUACAUUUUAUGUGCUCACAUAUUCGUCGUAAAAGAAAUAAACCCCACAAUGUAAAGCCUAUUAGUAUCGGACCAUGCUUUUGUACCAUUUAUAAAGAAUUUCUGAACAUAUUUUCAUAAGAUUCAUACACAAUGUAAACUUAUCCAAAGAUAUGGUUACAGUCUGGUGUGUCUCUGACAUCUGUCCCAGGAGACUAAGGUCAGGAUAACAUUAUGGUUACUACUUUGUUAGUUUUCUGAACUAAACCUAGCUGCCAUAUUUAAUUUUGAACUUUCUUUAUGUAUAAAAAUGUAGGUAUGUAAAGCUAUAAGCGUGCUUAAAGUAUAAUUUAAAUAAAUUACUUGAUAUUAUUGUUUAUGAUUAGUGUUAGCUGUUAAACCUAUCAGAAUUUGCUGGACUAAUAGUUAAUGAUCCUCUAGUCUUUGAUCUUUUCAAAUUGGUUACAGUUACUUUUUUAUGUUUAUUUAAACUUUGUAAAAAUAUAUGCAAGUAGAUCAAUAAAGUUAAUAAAACAGAAGUAAUUUUAUAACAGAGCCCCCCAAUCAAAGCUUAUUUUCGCUAUGACUAUCUUAAAUAUUAAAUAAUUUACAAUUGCUUUUCAGCUUUUAUAAAUUAGAUUCAUGAAAAGCAAAAACCAAAAAGUAUAAGUCAUUUAAAUAGUAUAUAACUAGAACCAUUGGACUUCAGUAACUGUGUUAAUUUAUUUCUUGUAAGUACAUGAGUAUUUGAAACUUAGACAUUAGUAUGUGCCUUUUGAAAUUAAAUCUUCACCAUCCAUAUCCAUUCAGUCCAUGAUUUGAUAAUCAUAAAUAUCUAGACACCUAAAACUAGAUUAAUUUCCACCUCUAGCCUAGCCUAAUGCAGUGCUGAUAUGUAGUUUUCUAAAUUGUAAACUUACGUUUUGGCCUGAAAGUAUUAUUUAGUGGAUGAGGUAAAAUAAAAUUAACCCUACUAAAACAUGUUACAUUUUAUCCAAACAUAUGACAUUCCACAUUAUUUUUGUAGAUCUUUAAUCCUAACAAAAUGAGACUGCAACAACCACAGUCGAGUAAAAGACCAUGUUUCAUGUCAUCUACAUUCACAACUAUGCAUCUCAUGAGAAUCCCAUUAAGCCUGAAUUCUACAUUACAAUUUGUUUUGUCUAGAAUAAGCAUAAUUUAGUUAAUAUUUACUAUUACAUAUUUUUUAUAUCUUUGAUUUUUCGCAUAAAUUAACUGCAAUUUAUUCGUAUGAAUAGAAAUUAAAAAUAAAUUGUUUCCUUUUGUAA